AUAAUAUUAUUAAUCGUAAAAAUAUGAGAUGUGAUAAUUGCAUUCUGAUUAAAUUAAUUUAUAAGAUCUGGAUAAAUAAGGUUGAUUAUUUAUGAAAAAAUCGUUGAGGAAGGUGAAAUAAAGAAUAAUGUAUGGUUAAAAAUAAGAUUUGGUUUAGAUCAUUAAUAUCAUCAAAAAAUGAUGAAGUGGAAUGUAUAAAAUAAUGGAUAUUAGUUUCAACGGAUGGAUUCUGAAGAUUAGAAAUGAGAAAUAAAAAAAAAAUAAUAGUCAUAUGUUAUUAAGAAAGUG